AUGGACAAAAAAACGAAAAAAGGAACACAUAAACUAAUAAACAAACUAUUUGGUAUUGGUAAGAAACCGAAUCCUGCCAAACCUUCACCGCAAGCCAUGCCAGAUUUUUCAGAUGGUGUAGCUUCACCAGUGGCCUUCGUGAAUCGGGUGUCGGUCAUAACAAAAAAUAUUCCUCAGAAUACAGCAACAGACAAGUUCAAUGUGAAUCUGGGGUUGCCUCCUGAAGAACUAGACAGAACCAGUUUUGUGUUGAGCAAUGGGACCACCGAAUCUAUGGGUGACGGGGAUAAGUUUGGUCAUCGUCUGGAGAACUGCAAGAACAAAUUGGUCUCGUCUAGAGGACUACAAACAAUUCCUGCGAAUAUCAAAGAGACAUCUGAUAUUGAUCAGUGGUUCUUCAAUAUACCCCUCAACAUCGGGGAGGUAAAACUAGAGAGAAAAGUCGCCUGCCUUCUGGUCGAAUGUCUUGGUGAAGAGUGGGAGUUCGUCUUCGACCGUCUGGACUUCAACGAAGCAGUGGUCAGCCGCUUGAUGGAGAAGUAUAAGAACAACAAAAAGCGCAUAAUCUGCGAGCUGCUCAAUAUGUGGUACCAGUGGAAGGUCAAGGCCGCUAACUUCCAAGAGCUGGUCAACGAGCUGAUACUGCUGCACAAAGCUGGUUCCACCGACAUCAAUUGGAGAAAGAUCAAGGCCGUCAUGACCACACUACAAACAAUUCCUGCAUAUAGCAAAGAGACACCUGAUAUUGAUCCGUGGUUCUUCAAUAUACCCCUCAACAUCGGGAAGGUACAACUAGAGAGAAAAGUCGCCUGCAUUCUGGUCGAAUGUCUUGGUGAAGAGUGGGAGUUCGUCUUCGACCGUCUGGACUUCGACGAAACAGUGGUCAGCAAAUGGAAGGAGCACUAUAAGAACAACAAAAAGCGCACAAUCUGCAAGCUGCUCAAUAAGUGGUACCAGCGGGAAGUCAAGGCCGCGACCUUCCAAGAGCUGGUCAACCAGCUGAUACUGCUGCACAUAGCUGGUUCCACCGACAUCAAUUGGAGAAAGAUCAAGGCCGUAAUGAACAAGCAUGUUGCCAAAAAGAAACAAACGAAAGGAAUUUUAGUUGACAAGUAAAGGAAUUUUAGUUGACAAGUAAAGGAAUUUUAUUUGACAAGAAAGAAAUUUUAGUUGACAAGUAAAGGAAUUUUAGUUCACAAGUUAGGGAAUUUUAGUUGACAAGUAAAGGAAUUUUAGUUGACAAGUAAAGAAAUUUUAGUUGACACGUAAAGGAAUUUUAGUUGACAAGUUAGAGAAUUUUAGUUGACAAGUAAAGAAAUUUUAGUUGAAAGGUAAAGGAAUUUUAGUUAGUUGACAAGUAAAGGAACUUUAGUUGACAAGUAAAGGAAUUUUAGUUGACAAGUUAGGGAAUUUUAGUUGACAAGUAAAGGAAUUUUAGUUGACAAGUAAAGGAAUUUUAGUUGACAAGUAAAGGAAUUUUAGUUGACAAGUAAAGAAUAUUUAGUUGACAAGUAAAUGAAUUUUAGUUGACAAGUAAAGGAAUUUUAGUUGACAAGUAAAGGAAUUUUAGUUGACAAGUAAGAAAUUUUAGUUAACAAAUAAAGGAAUUUUAGUUGACAAGUAAAGGAAUUUUAGUUGACAAGUAAAGAAAUUUUAGUUGACAAGUAAGAAAUUUUAGUCAACAAAUAAAGGAAUUUUAGUUGACAAGUAAAGGAAUUUUAGUUGACAAGUUAGGGAAUUUUAGUUGACAAAUAAAGACAUUUUAGUUGACAAGUAAAGUAAUUUUAGUUGACAAGUAUAUGAAUUUUAGUUGACAAGUUAGGGAACUUUAGUUGACAAGUAAAGGAAUUUUAGUUGACAAGUAAAGGAAUUUUAGUUGACAAGUAAAGGAUAUUUAGUUGACAAGUAAAGACAUUUUAGUUGACAAGUAAAGGGAUUUUAGUUGACAAGUUAAGGAAUUUUAGUUGACAAGUAAAGGAAUUUUAGUUGACAAGUAAAGAAAUUUUAGUUGACAAGUAAGAAAUUUUAGUUAACAAAUAAAGGAAUUUUAGUUGACAAGUAAAGGAAUUUUAGUGUACGCAUGAAGGAAUUUUAGUUAACAAGUAAAGGAAUUUUAGUUGACAAGUUAGGGAAUUUUAGUUGACAAAUAAAGGAAUUUUAGUUGACAAGUAAAGUAAUUUUAGUUGACAGGUAUAUGAAUUUUAGUUGACAAGUUAGGGAACUUUAGUUGACAAGUAAAGGAAUUUUAGUUGACAAGUAAAGGAAUUUUAGUUGACAAGUAAAGACAUUUUAGUUGACAAGUAAAGGAAUUUUAGUUGACAAGUAAAGGAAUUUUAGUUGAAAAAUAAAGGAAUUUUAGUUGACAAGUAAAGAAAUUUUAGUUGACAAGUAAGAAAUUUUAGUUAACAAAUAAAGGAAUUUUAGUUGACAAGUAAAGGAUAUUUAGUUGACAAGUAAAGGAUAUUUAGUUGACAAGUAAAGAAAUUUUAGUUGACAAGUAAAGGAAUUUUAGUUGACAAGUAAAGGAUAUUUAGUUGACAAGUAAGAAAUUUUAGUUGACAAGUAAAGGAAUUUUAGUUGACAAGUAAAGAAAUUUUAGUUGACAAGUAAAGGAAUUUUAGUUGACAAGUAAAGGAAUUUUAGUUAACAAAUAAAGGAAUUUUAGUUGACAAGUAAAGAAAUUUUAGUUGACAAGUAAGAAAUUUUAGUUGACAAGUAAAGGAAUUUUAGUUGAAAAGUAAAGAAAUUUUAGUUGACAAGUAAAGGAAUUUUAGUUGACAAGUAAAGUAAUUUUAGUUGACAGGUAUAUGAAUUUUAGUUGACAAGUUAGGGAACUUUAGUUGACAAGUAAAGGAAUUUUAGUUGACAAGUAAAGGAAUUUUAGUUGACAAGUAAAGGAUAUUUAGUUGACAAGUAAAGGAUAUUUAGUUGACAAGUAAAGAAAUUUUAGUUGACAAGUAAAGGAAUUUUAGUUGACAAGUAAAGGAUAUUUAGUUGACAAGUAAAGACAUUUUAGUUGACAAGUAAAGGAUAUUUAGUUGACAAGUAAGAAAUUUUAGUUGACAAGUAAAGGAAUUUUAGUUGACAAGUAAAGAAAUUUUAGUUGACAAGUAAAGGAAUUUUAGUUGACAAGUAAAGGAAUUUUAGUUAACAAAUAAAGGAAUUUUAGUUGACAAGUAAAGAAAUUUUAGUUGACAAGUAAGAAAUUUUAGUUGACAAGUAAAGGAAUUUUAGUUGAAAAGUAAAGAAAUUUUAGUUGACAAGUAAAGGAAUUUUAGUUGACAAGUUAGGGAUAUUUAGUUGACAAAUUAGGGAAUUUUAGUUGACAAGUAAAGGAAUUUUAAUUGACAAGUAAAGGAAUUUUAGUUGACAAGUAAAGGAAUUUUAGUGUACGCAUAAAGGAAUUUUAGUUGACAAGUAAAGGAAUUUUAGUUGACAAGUUAGGGAAUUUUAGUUGACAAAUAAAGGAAUUUUAGUUGACAAGUAAAGUAAUUUUAGUUGACAAGUAUAUGAAUUUUAGUUGACAAGUUAGGGAACUUUAGUUGACAAGUAAAGGAGUUUUAGUUGACAAGUAAAGGAAUUUUAGUUGACAAGUAAAGGAUAUUUAGUUGACAAGUAAAGACAUUUUAGUUGACAAGUAAAGGAAUUUUAGUUGACAAAUAAAGACAUUUUAGUUGACAAGUAAAGGAAUUUUAGUUGACAAGUAAAGGAUAUUUAGUUGACAAGUAAAGGAAUUUUAGUUGACAAGUAAAGGAAUUUUAGUUGACAAAUAAAGACAUUUUAGUUGACAAGUAAAGGAAUUUUAGUUGACAAGUAAAGGAUAUUUAGUUGACAAGUAAAGACAUUUUAGUUGACAAGUAAAGGAAUUUUAGUUGACAAGUAAGAAAUUUUAGUUAACAAAUAAAGGAAUUUUAGUUGACAAGUAAAGGAAUUUUAGUUGACAAGUAAAGAAAUUUUAGUUGACAAGUAAGAAAUUUUAGUCAACAAAUAAAGGAAUUUUAGUUGACAAGUAAAGGAAUUUUAGUUGACAAGUUAGGGAAUUUUAGUUGACAAAUAAAGGAAUUUUAGUUGACAAGUAAAGUAAUUUUAGUUGACAAGUAUAUGAAUUUUAGUUGACAAGUUAGGGAACUUUAGUUGACAAGUAAAGGAAUUUUAGUUGACAAGUAAAGGAAUUUUAGUUGACAAGUAAAGGAUAUUUAGUUGACAAGUAAAGACAUUUUAGUUGACAAGUAAAGGGAUUUUAGUUGACAAGUUAAGGAAUUUUAGUUGACAAGUAAAGGAAUUUUAGUUGACAAGUAAAGAAAUUUUAGUUGACAAGUAAGAAAUUUUAGUUAACAAAUAAAGGAAUUUUAGUUGACAAAUUAGGGAAUUUUAGUUGACAAGUAAAGGAAUUUUAAUUGACAAGUAAAGGAAUUUUAGUUGACAAGAUAAGGGAAUUUUAGUUGACACAUAAGGGAAUUUUAGUUGACAAGUAAAGGAAUUUUAGUUGACAAGUAAACGAAUUUUAGUUGACAAGUAAAGGAAUUUUAGUUGACAAGUAAAGGAAUGUUAGUUGACAAGUAAAGGAAUUUUAGUUGACAAGUAAAGGAAUUUUAGUUGACAAGUAAAGGAAUUUUAGUUGACAAGUAAAGAAAUUUUAGUUGACAAGUAAAGAAAUUUUAGUUGACAAGUAAAGAAAUUUUAGUUGACAAGUAAAUGAAUUUUGUCUUU